AUGAAGGAAACCUCCGCCGCCGCGGUCCUCAGACCAGCCAGAAAAGAUAAAGGAGAAAAUCUCUGCUCUCCUAGCCGCAGAUGCAUCACCAAGAGCCAUGAUGAAGAAAUUUUUCCAAGGACAGAAGUUGUCAACAUCACUCUUUCAGCUGCCUCAGUUGGCUACAACUACAGAAGAAACAAUCAGCCUGCUUCAAAGACGGCUUCUUCUUCAGCCAUUCCUAUUAUAUGGAAGCCUCCUCCCGUUAGUUUCUUUAAACUCAACUUUGAUGGUUCCGUUAAAGCUCACGGCAAGGCUGCUGCGGGAUUCAUUAUCAGGGACUCUAAUGGUAGGCCUAUCCUGGCGGGUGCCCGUAAGCUUGGUGUCACGUCAGUUCCUAUUGCGGAAGGUUCUGCUCUCAAAGAUGGCCUUCUCCAGGCACUUCGUUAUAACAUCACAAAAAUUCAGGUGGAAGGUGACUCACUUCUUAUCAUCAACUGCAUUAAUAAAGUUUGUGCCACUCCUUGGAGAAUCAGAUCCUUGAUCGCCGACAUUAUCUGCCUUGUUGCAAAAUUUGAGGCUGUUUCCUUCUCUCAUGUGUUUCGUGAGGCUAAUUUCGUUGCGGAUCUUAUCACCUCAAUGGGUCAUGAUCUUUCCAAUCCCAAGAUUUGGUUCAAUUCCAUUUCGUCUGUGGCCUCGACAGCGUUGCUUCUGGAUUCUGCUAGCCUUGGGUGUCCAAGAGGUUUCUUGUUGUAG